GCUGUUUCCUGUCUACAGUGUCUGUGUAAUGUAGAUAAAUGUGAGGAUUUUCUCUAAAUCUCACUGUCACUGCUAAAAUCAGAGCAGAUAGAGCCUGCGCAAUGGAAUAAAGUCCUCAAUAUUGAAAUGUGACAUUGCUCUCAACAUCUCACAUCUCUCUGGAUUUCUUUUUUCUCAUCAUUACUGCUAACAAAUUCAUUUCCAGACUUUGCACUUUUAAGAAGCAAUGGAAAAAAUCAACAGUCUUUCAACACAAUUAGUUAAGUGCUGCUUUUGUGAUUUCUUGAAGGUGAAGAUGCACACUGUGUCCUACAUUCAUUUCUUCUACCUUGGCCUGUGUUUGCUUACCUUAACCAGUUCUGCUGCUGCUGGCCCAGAAACACUAUGCGGUGCUGAGCUGGUUGAUGCUCUUCAGUUCGUAUGUGGAGACAGAGGCUUCUACUUCAGUAAGCCUACAGGGUAUGGAUCCAGCAGUAGACGCUUACACCACAAGGGGAUAGUGGAUGAAUGCUGCUUCCAGAGUUGUGACCUGAGGAGGUUGGAGAUGUACUGUGCUCCAAUAAAGCCACCUAAAUCUGCACGCUCUGUACGUGCUCAGCGCCACACUGAUAUGCCAAAAGCACAAAAGGAAGUGCAUUUGAAGAAUACAAGUAGAGGGAACACAGGAAACAGAAACUACAGAAUGUAAGAUCAUGCCAUCCACAAGAAUGAAGAAUGAAUGUGCCAUCUGCAGGAUACUUUGCUGUAAAUAAAUUAUUUGUUAAAAUUGGAAGACUAAAAAAAAACCUAUGGUUUAAUAAGCUUGAUGCAAUCUCAACCAAUGGGCAUUCUCCCAGUGAACAAUGCAACUAAACAUUCCAAUAUUAAGUCUUUUAGAAAACAGAACAUUUUAACCAGCUAAGAGCUAAAAAAUUCUGUGGUUGAUAUAUUACUGCGUGUUAACCUCUUUUAGAUGUCCUGCACAAAAUCUCUUAAAAGUCCUGUGCUCCUCAAAAGCCUACAAAUUUAUGGGCCUUUGAUGGAUUCAAUUGCACUAAAUUAACCUAUGAACACUGGCUGUUGGAGUCAUUCAUCAGCCUUGUCUAAGUGGUGUUUUUUUAUUUGCACUUCUAUACAAGCAACAGGCUGUUUGUUCUACAGUGUCUGAUAACAUUGUUUGUCUACCCCUUCAUAUUUGCACAGUCUGACAUUCCCAGUAACAGCAGCAGUAAGGUAACAUAUACAGUUUUGAACAUCCAUUAAUUCCAUCUGUGAUAUUUUGACAGAAUAUGGGUUACAGAUACAUUUGUUUUAAGACAGCUUCAUUUUUCCUUCUCUUGCAAAGAUGCGGUUUACUGCAACUUGCGAGACAAAAGAUUUUUAAAAGCAGUUACAGCAAACAUAGGCUCUCAAACUAUUAAUGAUUCUUCCAGGUAAUUGUUUGCAACAGUAUAGGUAACCUUUCUUCCUCCAUAUAAUGCAGUAUGUAAAAUUUAGCAUAUCAAUAAUACACAUAUAUCAAACAGUAUGUAAAAAUCUCUGUUUUAUAGUACAACGGUGCUAUUUUGUAGUUUGUUAUAUGAAAGGGUCUGGCCAAAUAGUAAUAGGUAAAAGCAAAUAUGGAUAUAUGAAGUUUAAAUAAUAAAAUAAUUUUGUGAUUAUUUGGUUUAAAUUACUAAAAUGGUUAUGGUUUGAAUGAUGGUGUUUUCCCCUAGUUACAUGACACGCAGAUUUAUAGAUGACUAGGUUCAGGAAAGACAAUUAAUAAAAGAGUUCUCAAAUAAUUUUAAAGGGUAGCACAUUGAGUCCUUAAUCUUUCUGAAAUACCAGAUUUAUAUUCAAAUAUAACUGAGGGUUAAUCAGGUCCUCUGCCAUUUUAACUCUUCCCAAAAUCUAAUGUGACCAAAUUAAUCAGCAGCUGUUAAUCAGCCCAUUGCAUCUCUCUGUGUAUCAGAAAAGCUAAGCUAAUCACCAAAUUACAGUGUAGAAUGUUUUCAAGGAGAGAUAAACCACAAUGUCCUACAAACUGCUACUUAAAAUGGCUUUUCAUACAGUCUUGUAGGAGACAUUUAAUAUAUUCCCAGAUAACAUCUGACAUAUAAACUUGGUAUGUAAUGCACUGAUUCUAACAUUAAUAACACUUUAUUCUGAUCCAUUUUUGUAUCUCAAUUCAGUGCUAGAUUAACCAUGCAGUGAAGAUGGAUAGAUAGCCAACAGUGUCCUAGAGUGAAAAAUAAGAUAACGUGAAUCAUAGAAUUACCCAGGUUGGAAAAGACCUCAAAGAUCAUCAAGUCCAACUGAAUAAGAUAACAUGAGAGAAGGAUAUAGAAUGCUGGGGAAAAUGCACUGCUCCAUCAUGUGCAAAACUGUACGAAGGGAGCAAUUAGGAAGAUGUUAGAUCAGAUCUGUAAAGGCAAUAUUUCUCUUUAAAGGCUCAAACCUGUCUCACCUUCUACUACAUUCAUGGGAGCUGACUGAAUUGAUUAAAACACAGAAGAAUCUCAGUAGAUUAUAUAUUGUACAGUUCAUCAUGAGUUCCCUGUGAACCAGACAGGGAAGGUAGGUCUUAAAAGCGUCACAAAUUACUUGCUUGUUCCCACUUUAUUUCUUCUUAGGAAAUUUGGGUUUCAUAUUUCUUUCAAGAAAAGUGCAAUAUUUUCCCGUGUAAUUCUUUAAAUCCAUCUAUGAAAAGCAUGUCUAUGUGCACAAUAGGUUACCAUCACACUGUAAAAAUGGAACAGUGCAUGAAUAAAAAGAAUCAGCCACAGCUGUCAUUGACUGCGAUAGGUAUGUUGAAAAAUGCAGGUACAAAAAGUAGAUGGGGAAGCUAACCUACAUUACUUACCACAAACUUAUUACAAAAUUGCAGCGAAUCUUUUAUCAGCCAUGGUUUUAAUAGGAUUUUUUAUUUUUAUUUUAUUUUUUUGGUGGGAGGAAAGUUUUUUUUUUCCAAUUUAAAUGGUUGCUAAGAAUUCUUAAAUGCAUUCUAAGAAUGAGACAUUAUUUUGAAAUCAUAAAUAUGUCAUGUUUCCAUUUGGCAUAUCUUGACUCCUUCCAUCUCCACUGCUCUGAAGUUCUAAGACAGGAGGGUGAAAAGAUAUGAGCACAAAAACAAUUUGUGGUUGGCAAGUUUUUUAUAAAUAUCAUCUUGUUGAUUCAGAGGUAAUGAUCUGAGUUUCUCAAAAUAAUAAAACAAACAAACAAACAAACAAAAAAAAAAACAUAGGGAAUUUUGUCAUUUAACUCCUGUAAGUUACUCCAAAUUUUGUGUUCAUCUUGUGAUUCAUGCAGUCACAUUCAUGUCACCAUAUUUCUCCUGCUGAUAAAUUAUAAUCUAAAAUACUUCUCAUAGACAGUGAAAUUUAACAUUAGAAUUUGACAACUGUCUAAACAAAUCACAAUUCUCGAAUAAUAGCUUUAAUAAUGAAUAGUUUCUAACUUCAAAGGUAACACUUGGCAUUACUAGAGAAAAACUGGAAUCACAAAAUAGAGGCUAGAUCUGCUACUGUCGAGGUGAGAAAUCCAUAGAUGGGGUAUGCAUAAUUGCAUAAGAAUUCUCCAGUCAUAAGGCAGUCAGCACAUGAUAUGCCAGUCAGUGAGAAAGAAAAAGGACUGCAUUAGCUUAAUAAUCUCAAUAAAUCCGCUGCUUAGAGAAGCUGAAGUAUAAGCCAAAACAUCUCCCUCCCAAAUGUACAAAGUAGUCUGACUUGAAAUAUUUCUUAAUUAGAGAUUUUCAAAAGCACUUCAGAUAUUUAGGAACAGUGCUUCUACUAGAUAUAGUUUAUUCUCAUAAAUCACUUAAGUAAUAAAAAAAAUCCCACUCCCCAUCCUUCUGUGUCACGUAAUACACAUGACAGAAGUCACACAUUUUUACAUUCUUGAACUGACAUAAAACUCCAAUUACUACACAGAAUGUACUAAAGUGCAGAUCUAAAAGUGAAUUAAGCCUCAUUAAAAGGACUUCUAAGCCCUCUGAAGUUAAUAUAUCUCUUUAAAGGUAGAAAAAUUUGAGCCACAAAAACAAUAAUCAUUAAGAUUUUUAAUGGAAAAUUAAUAAACAUUCUGCUCUAAAUGUAUUUACAUAUACACACAUCUGGAUGAAAUACUGAUAUGAGGCUGAUUGGAACUGUUUAACAUAGAGAGACAAGAAAAUCACAGUUUUCUUUAAAGAAUUCAAUUCCAUUCGUAACUAGCAGCCAGUUCCACCUCCUCCAGAAAGUAGGUUUUGAGUUAGCAUCGGUGCUAAACAGUGACUGAUAAAGACUCUAAGUCAAUCUUUGUGUCCUCCUGGCUCUCCAUUUUAAUAAUCAAGUAUAUGGGAAGACAAGAUCAGAAAAAUGCAUGUAUAUUUGCUUUACCUUUUACUGAUUUGGCCAACAAUGCCAAAGUGGUGCUAUUGUUUUGUUUAAGAAAGUACUUGACUAAAAUAUAAAAGAAAGCGUAAAUAUUUUUUUAAUGUAUGAAAAUGACACUUAUAUAGGUAUGGUUAUUAAAAUAGAAAUACAACUAGCCAUAAGUCUUCAACUUUUUUUCACUCCAAAAUGGCAAAGAAAUCCUAAAUCAAUGGGGAUGGAGCAGGAAAGUAGAGUAAAAAUGAUGUAAGAAUUCAUAGACUUGGACUGCAGUUCUGAAUCUUUUCUCAAAUCUGAAACACAUAUGAAGAAAAGCAUUUAAAGUCAAAGAACAAUAUAUAGGACUGAAAAUAUGUUCAGAUUACUGAAAAUUCUGUACUACAAUUAAGAUUUUUAAGACACACUCUAGACUGAAAUCAGUGCUGAGUUUGGCUUAAAGUCGGUAGCAUUACAUGAUUGAGAUUCUUAUUAAACGCAAGUUUCUGUUUAUAUCUGAUUACUUUCUCAUGUAGCUGAUUACUUUUCAUGUCAUGUCUCACAGGAGUAGCUAUUUUUAAAAAGCGGGACAAAAAAUGAACUUGACCCUAUCAAGGAAUGAAGAAACAACAUAUUCUUAAAUGUAACUGUUGCUAUUAUUAAUUCUCACCAGUUUCAAACUGUGAAAAAAAGUUGAAAUACGUGGCUAACAGUGUGAUUUUUUUUAAAAAAAAAAAAGUUCAUGUGGUCACUAUGAGCAUCCUAAUGUGCAAAAUUACACAUUUCAUUGUUUUGUUUUGUUUUUUAAAUGAUGGUAGAUUAACCCAAGUAGAGAUUCUUAGAACCUGUAGGCUAGCUAGAUUAUUGAUUUUCUGAUGAAGGUAAAAAUCAAUAUAUUUAAAAUGUUUUAUUUUUAGUUUGAAAAGGAAUAGUACUAAUUUAUUUGGGGACUCAAUCUAUGCCGGUCCCUCAUUUAAGGAUACCAUUCAGUAAAAACAAGUCUUCCAAAUGCCAUUCUUAUAUUUAAAAUAAACCAACAAACAAAAAAAUAUUAAUUCCUCCCUCCUCCUUCCCCAGUAAAUCUAGUUUAAACACCACUAGAAAAGAAUUUGUAUUAUUUGCCUGUUACUUUAGGGGAUUGUUUUGCUUUGCUUCACCUUGAUUUUAUUUGGGGAGCAGGAGAAAGGAGGAGGAGAUGAGGCCUUUGAGUGACUGAAAUUUUUCCACUUGAGAACAAUCCACAAAAAAGAAUUUGCCUUGGUGAGAUUACUAAUUAUCCAAUUCAUGCAUGGAAAUUACAUUAAGUAAAGCAGUCAUUAGCACGAAGUUUUUAUUCAUUCUAAUCCUACACUAUACAUUUUGCUUGUCACAGCAUCAUAAUAUUCUACUGGACUCAAACUGUCCACACGCACAGUAUCUGAUAUAAAUCUUCUUUUAUUUUUUACAUGAAGGGUGUUAUAAGAAUAUCUGAAACUUGAUUACAUAUAGUACAGUAAAGAGAUACCAGUCUAUCAGAGACCAAAACAAGAAGGACCUCCCUGAUGCUUAUCUUACAUUAGGAAAUUUUAUCUAAGUUACAUAAAGGGUGAGUGUAUUUGUGUGUGCAUAUGUAUACACACAUAUAUAAUAUAUAUGUGUGUGUAUCUAUAAGUUACUAGAAUGUGGGUAUGUGUACGUGUGUGGGCACGUAUAUUAUGUUUUUAUUCUUUUUCCUCUCAAGUAAAAUUUGAAUUUCUUGCUUUUAACAUAUUUUGCAUGGAUUAUAUUCAGUAAUCCAACUGGAGUCUAAUUUUAGAAGAACAGUGUAUAAUAUGGGUGUCACGAGCUAUAUCCAACAUUUGUUUUUCACACCUCAAGAAAUCACGUGAUUUUUAUAUUAUGAGACACUUCUCUGCUGUCAUCAAGCAAAUCUAUUUUUCUGUUUAAGUGUGGGUGUAAAAUACAAAAUCUGAGUACCUUAUUUUCAAAUAUGAACUUAAGAAUUUUGUUUCAUCCUUCUCUGUAUGACUUCUGUCAGGUGAGAGGUUUUUUUUUAAACUGUGUUCAUCCUUUCAAAUUAAGAAUAACAUGUGAUACAGAGAGGUAUUAAGAUUUCUGUCAUUUAAUAUCUCCUCUAUUAUUCAUCAAUUAGAUGCUCUUUAAAAGUAGAAUAUAUGUUUCUCUGUAUUACCCUUAGUGAUUUCAGAAGCGGAAAAGACUUACUACUAUAAAUUCAUAUAUACAAAAAAAAAAAAUUAUAACUUUUUUGAUAUAUCUGUAUUCUUCAAUGAUUCUGUAUUUUGCCACCCUGGCUCACAAAACUCAUAAAAUCAUCAGUGUUAUACUUCUGCUGCUAAACACUCUUUCCAACUAAUGUUAUAAAUAUCCAUUUACAAUACCUAUAUUCACACUUGAUAGAUGUUUUUAAAACAGCAUAAACAUGGUUGAAAGAUUAUUUUUCUUCAUAUUGUAAAGGUAUGAACCAUUUUUAAAUGAAAUCAAAGACAUUCCACCUUACUACAUUUUACAUGUGUUAAUACCAUCGCAUUGCUUGGGAAGCAACAACAAAAUAAAUGCAGAACAAACAGGACUGUCCUCUGUCUUGGCGAAUAAGAUCACACUUCAUGUACUGUCGUGUUAAAGAAAAGGUUUAACCAGAUAACUAUAAAUACAACUAAUUAUGUGAAAUUUAUAUUUUGUAGUGAAAUAUCUAACUUUGUAAAUUUUAAAAUCAAAUGUAUAUUCCAUUAUUUCUGGUUUACUGGCAUUAACCUGGUCAGCGGUAUGAAAAAUUCACUUCUGCAGUGAUCAAAGGCAAAAAAGACCAAUAAAGUGCUGCCAAUGAAAGAGACAAGACGGACUUUUUUCAUCCAAAGACACAAAUUCUAUCCUAAAUAUAAUUCUUUUUUAAAAUUUUAGAUUAGAAUUUAAAAUUGACUCAAUAUAAAUUCUACAUAUGACACUUUUCGCUAUUUCCACUUAGAAACAUGUUUGAAUAUAUUAAAGCACAUGCAAGCUACACUGCAUGACACAGUAGAUCAGUAGAUAAAUCUUACCUUUUGAUUUAUAACCAUUUCUAAGGAACUAGCUCAAUGGAAUUCUAUAGAAAUCCAUUACAAGAUGAAAUAACAAAGCUUUGUUAAAAGUGUAUAAUCAUAAUAGUUGCCUGAUUAAACUGCCUCAUUAAAUUAGUGUCAUAAGAUUCUCCACUGAAAGCAUAUUGAUUCUGAUAACAUUCUAAACAGCUUUACCUCUAGUAUGAUACUUCACGUUGCUUCUGUCGAAAUGCUAUAGUCCUGUUUUACAGUUUCUUAAUUCUUGGAGUCCAUAGGUUGAAUAUUAAAUGUUUAUCAACCCUCAAAAUUUUUGGAAACAAACUAGAAGAAGCAGCACCAUCUGGUGCUGAUCAUCAAACAGCACAUGGGCUUCCUCUCCUACUAAAUUAUCUGCACAAGACACCAAAAAGUGCUAACUGAAGAGAUCAGUGGCACUUAAAUUUCAGAGAUCACCCUUUCAAAUAGAAAAAUUAACUAUCAUCCCUUCCUUUGCUGUUGGACUUGCAUUGGUAUCCUGUCUAAUACUGCGGUUUCAAUGAUGCAGGCAUGAAUGUGGAUACAUGAAUUUCUGAUUUCACUACUGAAUAACGCUACUAUUAACAUUUCAAGUCAUUAAAAUGAAACAGUGACAAUUGUUUAGUGUUCAUUAACUAAAAACAAUUUAAACUCUCUAUUAAAGUUCUAACUGGAUUUAUUCUUUUUUUAAUUUUCUUGUGCUUACUCAUAAUACAAUGUCACUACUUGAUGACAAAUAAUAUUUCAUACUGUGUAUGUAACAUCAUCGUGUUGCAGAAUCCCCCAAAUACCUCAACAAUGUCUUUGUUGCGCUAUUCUCCCCAUUUAGCACUUAAAAGCUUUUCUAGUAAUGACCAAUAAAUCAAAAACAGAGCUCCUAAUAUGUAUAAACUUAAAAAAAGAGAAUUUUUGCUAGUUUGCAGUUCAUGUAAUGUCAUUUUGAUCAUUCUCUUUCCCUGUCUCUACGAGCUGUCUACAA